UGAAGAUGUCGAAAAUAUUCCUCCCGCUAGUCUUGCUUGGCCUAGCGACCAUUAAUGGAGGCGACGGUCGGACAGUUCCAAAUACUGUGGAUAAUGUUCAGCGACUGCACCACUUGACGCCCGGCGAGCUAGCAGAGGAACUGAGCGGUCAAUUCGAAGGGGACAUCAUUCUGAACGACGCACAGGAAGUCGCACUCCGCAAACGCACCGGAGUCCGGAUGCCGCAGUUUAUCUGGCCAAAUGGAAUCGUACACUACGAAAUUGUUGAAAGGGAUUUCGACGCUGCCCAGCUGGUCGCAAUUGACGAUGCAAUCAAGGACAUAGAGCGAAUCAGCUGUGUUCGGUUUGUGCUGCGUGCUCCUGGUUCGACCGUGCAAGACUACGUCCGGAUAACGGGAAGCGAUUCCGGGUGCUUUUCCUACGUCGGCCGUCGCACCGGUGAGCAACAGCUGAACCUGGAACCGGCGAGUCCUGGGUCGGGAUGCUUCCGACAUGGUACGAUACUGCACGAGUUGAUUCACGCGCUCGGGUUUUACCACAUGCACAGUGCCAGCGAUCGCGACCAGUACGUGGCGGUCCAGUGGCAGAAUGUUCGCGAGGGAGCAGAGGCAAACUUCCAGAACUACGGAACGGAUUUUAUAACGGACUUUGGAGUGGAGUAUGACUAUGGCAGCAUUAUGCAUUACAGUGCGACGGCUUUCAGCAAAAACGGGGAAAGGACGAUCAGUCCGAAGGUGGCCGCGGUUUCCAUCGGGCAGCGGUUCUGGAUGAGCGAGAAUGACAUCUGGAGGAUCUGGAAGAUGUACGGGUGCUCGUGAGGAG